AUUUAGCAUCCUCGUCGUAUAAGAACAAAAGUAAACUAAUGAGCAUGUAUUAAAAAACAUCAUAGGAUAUAGAGAUAAUUAAUAUUAUCCUUAUAUUAGUUUCUCCGGUCGUCAUCGCAGCUGUUUCUGCCUUGCUGCUGUCGGUAUUCGCAGAUUUGGCGAAUAGCGAGAGAUGCAUAUCUUGAAAAUAGUUUUCAUCGAGAAGACGCCUCUUGAUAGUCUACUACCAAAUGGUUGCAUACGAUUUGACAACGCGCCUCAUUCCAUUCUUGGAUCGCCAUCUCGCUCUCCCAUUGCUCAACUACCUCACAGAUUUAGAUAUCUACAACCAAAACCAGUUGCAAUCAGCCCAGUAUGAAUUAGUCAAGGGUACAAAUAUGGUAGACUACGCUAGUCAAAUCAACCCGCAUGAAUCCCAAGAUGACAAGAAGAAGCACAUCGUCGACACACAGCAGCAAUACCAGCAAAAGGCUAAGGAAGUACUCGAAGUGCUCACAAACCCAGAUGUAAGCAACCACUUAACUCAGGAUAAACACAAGAACCGCGAAAUCCUCCAAGAAAAAUUCAACCUCCAGCCAAAUUCUAUAGAAGUUCUUUAUGACUACGGACACUUUCAAUUCAGCUCAGGUAACUACGUAGAAGCCGCUGAAUAUCUUUACCACUUUAGAAUUCUCUCUACUGAACCAGCUAAGGUGCUGUCUAGCCAAUGGGGUAUUCUCGCUUCAAACAUUCUCAAGGGUAGCUUCGACCAGGCAUUGGAGGAUUUCAAUGGCUUGAGAGAGACGAUCGACAGACAACACUCACAGGAUAAGGGCACUGUCAUCCAACUCCAACAACGUACUUGGUUGCUUCACUGGGGCUUGUUUAUCUUCUUCAACCACGAACAAGGUAGAGACGUCCUUGUUGACUUGCUCUCACAUACUGCUUACCUCAACACUCUCCAAACUGCCUGCCCAUGGUUAUUGAGAUACUACACAAUCGCUGUUAUUGCCACCUCUAGGCAAUCACAACGCCAGAAAUCACUCAUUAGAGACUUAAUUAGAGUCGUCAACAUCGAGACCUACCAAUAUCAAGACCCGCUUACAAAGUUUGUUGAGGCUCUCUACACUGACUUUGAUUUCAAUGUUGUUGAAGCUCAACUCAAGGAAAUUGACACUGUAUUCACACAAGAUUUCUUCCUCUCAAAUGAGCAACUUAAGGACGACUUCUUCUCAAGUGCUAGAUUCUAUGUUGUCGAAGCCUAUUGCCGUAUACAUUCACAUGUCACAAUUAGCGAAAUUGCCCAAAAGGUUGGAUUAUCUGAAGAUGCGUUUAAGAGCUGGAUAAGCAAGGAGGAGAAGUUUGUCGUUGAUUCUAACGCUGUUUACAUUCCAACUGAGACUCCAAAUGUUCUCUCAACUAUACUUGAUAAGAGCUCCGCAUUGGCUCUUCGCUCACAAUCAAUUAAACAGGCUAUUACCAGUAUACAUGAAGACAUCCCACAAACUCCAUCUGAAGCCGCAGCUUAAAAUAUUUUUUUCGUCACUAUGCAUUUUCAC